AUGAUUCCAUCCACAGUCCUCAAGUCCCUGCUAGCAGCAUCCUGCGUGCUCGGCCACCCAAGACUGGACAGAAAUGCUCGUAGAGCAGGGGAUCGUGACGUCUUCUACAGUGGCUCUCCCUCGCGCAUUCACAGCCAGGAACACCGCACCAAGCGCACCCCGAUACCCACACCACCCUUCGGGCCAGAAUUCAAGACCCUCGCUCCCCGGGAACCCAUGCCGACCAUCCUUGCCCGGGACGAGCAUCAAAUCAUCCCCCUCCCCCUCCCCCUCCCCACAAUCGGCAUCCCUGGAAUCCCCUGCUGCAAGCCGACCAGCACCGCGGUGGUGGUGACGACCACGACGGUGACGACCUCCAACCCGACGGGGAUCGCCGCGGCGCCCUUCUCCUGUGACAAGUACGGGUACCUGAUCCAGGGCACGACGCUGUACCGCGUAGACCUCCGGGCCGGGACCAUCGUGAGCCUGCGCAGCGACGUGGGCGACCGCACGCCCGUCAACGCCAUGGGCUACAACGUCAAGGACAACAUGCUGUACGCGCGGCAGGCGGGCAGGAACGCGCUGAUCAAGAUGGACAACGCGGGCAACGCGGUCACGGUCGCCACGCUGCCGACGACCUUCGAGGCCGUGGUCGGCGACGUCGACACGGGCGGCCGCUACUGGUACGCCGUGCGCGGCGGCGGGCAGUACGCCGUGGUCGACGUCAACCCCACCUCGGCCAACUACAGCAAGCUGUGGGCGCAGGGCACGACGGCCGAGAACGGCCACGUCAUCGCGGACUGGACAUACGUGCCCGUGGCGGGCCAGUAUUUGUGGACGAUUGGCACGCAGGCGCCCGGGGGUGGGUCGUCGCUGAUGCGCUUCAGCAUGAACGAGCCGCGCGUCUGGGAGGUCGUCCGUAGCUACCGCGACUUGGUGGUUGAUACGUUUGGCGCCCUUUACUCGGUUAACAACGGAACCAUCUACGCGUCCGACAACCUAGGGGGUACCAUUUAUGGCUUUCCGAUCUUGAACGGUGGCGUUGUGGAUGGGGUCAAGACCGGGCUGGUUGGGGCAGCUGUUCCUGCCGAUGGGGCAGCCGCUGCUGGCGCUGGCCUGGGCGGGAGUGUCGUCGACCAAGUCGCCCUGGCCGUUGCAGCCACCCUGGAACGUGUGGUACAGACCGAACCAGUGGCCGACCUCGUGCACGGCGGUCUUGCCCAGGUUGAAACGGUUGAUGCUGCCGCCAGGAACGGUUCCAGAGGCAAUGGUGCAGCCGUCCAGGCGGAUGGUGGAGGCGGUGUUGGUGGCGGGGAAAUAGCAGUAGCCCAGGACGCCGCCGGGAAUGCUGGACAGGAAGUACAGGUUCAGGUCCUUGUAGGUUCCCUUGCGGAGAGCGGUCUUCAUGGCCGUCUCGCUGCCGUCAUUGGCCCAGGUGGGGUUGACGGUGCGGUCGGUGCCCUUGAGGACGAACUGGAUGCCCGAGGGGGCGUAGUCCUCGUUCAUGACGCGGAGCUGCUGCUGGAUGGUGGCAUCCUGUUGAGUAGAUAUAUCAGUACUGGGCCUUGCGAAACAACUCUGCGGUCGGUAGCCGGCAGAAGCAGAAGUGGAGGUGGCAACGACGUGGACGUAGGUGUCGAUGGUGAGGGCGCUCUGGCGGGCGGCAAGGGUGCCGUUGGCGGAAGCCUCGGCCUCGGCGAUGGCCAUGAUGGCAGACGCCUCAAUCAACUCCGGGCUGGGCUCGGGAGCACCACAGCGGAACUCGGUGUCGAUGGCGAGGGCGCUGACGGACGAAGCCGCCAGGGCGAAAAGGAAGGACUUGACAAAGUUGAUCUGCAUGAUUGCGGUGGACUGGGAGAGCUUGCUUCAGCUGCUUAA